AUAAAUGAGUCUACUCGCGCCAUGGCAUGGCGUAGUGUACUGCACUAUGUCAUGAUCUGCUUUGUGGCCCCGGCCCUUGUUUGAUAAAAUCACUACUGUAAAUCGUACUUGUACAGCCGUCGAUGGAGCAGGCAAUAAAUACGUGCGCUGGUUGAUAGGGGAGGUAGUUUGGAACGCUCUGGCUGGAGCCACAGCACUAGAGCGAGUAGAGCUAGAGCGGCCCCAACACGUAACCGUCGUUAGUCGUUUAGAGGAAAAUUACGGACACACUUUAGUAAGACAAGAAUAGACACAAUGGGUUCGUCCGUGAGUGCAGUCUGCAAGAGAUUUAUGAACAAGAAGGAGAUGCGUCUAGUGUUCAUGGGUCUUGAUGCAGCGGGAAAGACGACUAUAUUGUACAAGCUGAAGCUGGGAGAAGUGGUCACAACGAUUCCAACAAUCGGCUUUAAUGUGGAAGCAGUGGAGUACAAAAACGUCAGCAUCACGUCCUGGGACGUCGGUGGCCGGGAUAAGAUUCGUCCGCUGCGGAGACACUAUUACCAGAAUACCGAUGCACUAGUGUUCGUUGUGGAUAGCAAUGAUAGAGAGAGAUUGGAGUAUGCUCGCGAGGAGCUGCAUGACACAUUGGGUGAAGAUCAGUUGAAGGAUGCUACUGUAUUGGUGUUCGCCAACAAGCAGGACUUGCCGAAUGCCAUGAGCAAGGAUGAAGUUGUUGAUGGACUGGGACUCAAGGAGCUCAGGAGCAGGCAGUGGGCUGCGUUUGGUUGUACUGCAACGGCUGGUGAUGGUCUAUAUGAGGGGUUGGAGUGGCUUACCAGUGCACUGGCUAGUAGCGAGGUACAGAAGGCGGUCACAGAACCAGUGUCGCAAACAGUAACGGACGCCAAAGGCCUUUCAAGCAGUCUUCUCUCGCCAGUGUCACAUUGGUUCAAGCAAUUUAAAAGCAAUAAUGACUGGUUUUCUCAGAUAUCUACCACUACUGCUGUCAGCAACUCCAAUUAAACCUCGCUAGCAGCGUAUUCGUUUUGUACUGAGGCUGGUGUAAAUGGCACUCACCUCAAGAUAAUUAGUGUGAGUUUUGCCAACGUCUCACUAUAGUUCUUGCUUUUUGUGUAUUUGUAAUUUUAACUGCUUUGCUGAAAUGGAAUCAGGCAUAGUCCUGCACCCAUGUAUAUAUGAACUUGACCACCAGGCUUUACUAUAAAUACUACACGUGUUCAUCUCAUGCUUUAAACCCAUGGUGUUGCCCUGCAGUUGGCAGAUCCAGACCACCUGAAUGAUAGCUGACAGUACCAG